AUGUCGCGGGAGGAGCUCGACCGCCGCCUCAGCUGCGACGUGAAGAUCGAUGAAUGCAAGAUGGUUUCGUACGAGUGGACGGGCAAGUGCCGGAGUUGCCAGGGGUCGGGACUGGUGACCUACUUCAGGAAGAAAGGGAAGGAGACCAUCUGCACGUGUGUGCCAUGCGCUGGCAUUGGUGAGAUUUCUCGAUCUUCAUUUCAUUACUCAGCUUGUUGUUAUUGUUAG